UUCACCAAGAACCUGUCCCCAGACAAGAUCAACCUGAGCACGCUGAAGGGCGAGGGCCAGCUGUCCAACCUGGAGCUGGAUGAAGAGGUGCUGCAGAACAUGCUGGACCUGCCCACCUGGUUGGCUGUCACCCGGGUCUACUGCAACAAGGCUGCAAUCAGGGUGAGACAACCGUGUUAUUCUUAUAAAAAACCAUGUCAAAUCCAUAUGUCUUUCCCCGAUGGCAAUGGCUGUGUACAGAUAAGAAAGGGUGUUCCAAGAUUAAAUCACUGAAUUAAUUUAGUAGUUAAGGUCAGUGUUUCCCCUAUGAUUUUUUUUCUGCAAAACUACACAGUGCAAAACUACACAGUGGCCAACUACACAGUCUCUGACCAAAGAUUUUAAAGGCCCUCCUCUUGGCUGCAAAAACUUUGCUGUUUUAAAGCACAUUUCCUGCAAUUCUACACAUUUUGCCAUGGGGCAGAGAGAAAAUGUCACCGUUUUAAAGCUUGUUUCCUGUAAUUCUACACAUUUUGUCAUGGGGCUGAGAAAUAAAUUAAUCUGUUUUAAAGCUAAUUUCCUGCAAUUCUAUACAUGUUGCCAUGGCUUAUGCCAUGUUCUUGUGCUAUCUGAGUGACUCAAACAUUAUAACAAAAUGCCAUGACAUUUUUGGAAUUUUAGAUUCUCUCUGACUAGUUUUUAUUGGUGAUUGUUAGUUCUCAAAGAUUAUCUUAUUUAAAAUAUAUAUAGCUCUUUUAUCAUUUCUACAUACUUUAUAUCUGGUUUUAGUUGUUUAAACUGACAACGUUUUACCAUCCACAUUUUUUUCAUUUUUCUUGGAGUGGCAGCAACUAUUUAGCGGCGAGGGCCCGCCACUGCUAAAUGAAUAUAGGGGAAACACUUGGUCAUAUUUGCUGACCAAUGGGAGAUUAACAUGAAAGCAGUAAAGCACUGCCAGGCAAAAUGAAUGGUGAGCGGUUUGACAAGACAAUGUCAUUGUGGUUUCACAGUGUAGCCUUUAGCUGCAUCAAUGAAAGCCACAGAGGGCAUAGGCUACACACACUGGCAGCACGGCUGAGAUAAGUAGCACUGCUGUUUGAUAACACUAAGACCAGUGGACACAUCUCCAGGCCCACUGCUAGCCUCAGAUAACAGAGAGAGAGCAGCAUGAGUGGGAAGGUCACAAAAGGCCAGACGCUAGCACAGCACCACACCGAAGCCCUGAAUGGCCUGCUCAACCUGUUGUUUAGAAAGAUGUGGACUGCAGACCAGAUUGGAAAUUAGCUGGGUUGUCUUUGUAUGGGCCAAAUCAGAUGUCCUCUUAUUAAUGUUUUAUCUUCAAGAUUACUAAUUUGAAGCCAGUCUAGGUCGGGUAUUAGUCUACAAGGAGAGGUCUAAAAGCACAAGCCACUCUGUGUAUCUUGUGCACAGUGAAUGAUAAACAAUCCAGUAGAACAGUGCUGAGGAAAGUGUUUGUGUCUUCCUGACUGGUCCCCUGCUGUUUUGUCUCCCUCAGAUACAAUGGACAAAGUUGAAGACCAGCCCCAUCUGCCUGGUAUGAAUUCUGCCCUUUGUUCUAUUCCUCUACCAGUUUGUUGACUUUUUCUAUUUUUCUUUCUCUGGCUCUCCUUCUGUACCGCUCAGUCUCCCUCUCUCUCUCCAUUUUAUUUAUCCUGUAGUAAAGUGUAAUGGUUUAAUAUUGUAAUACUGCAUCCACCCCUGCUGUGCUGAACUAUGGUCACUAUGCACCCUUCUUCCAACUCCUGCAGUUCCUGGACAAGGUGGAGGUGGAGAUGAGAACGUGUGAGGAGCCCCGUCCACCAAAUGGCCCCUCCCCUAUUGCCAUCACUGCUGGCCAGAGGUAAGCCUUACCUGUUCUGUUUGUUUGGAACCGUUUGAGGGACAUUUGUGAUAGAUCCUAUUUAUUUUAUACUAUUCUAUAUUAACUGUUGCUCUGGACAAAUAUAAUUUACUGUAAACCCACUGUCUUCGGUCAUAUUCUCAUCUGAUAGUCUAUUCUUGUGUCUUUCUGCAGUGAGUAUGGCUUCGCUGAGAAGGUGGUGGAGGGUAUGUCUGUCAUCAUCAACUCCAUCACCAUCAAGGUGCAGUCCCGUGCCUUCCACGCCUCCUUCGAGCUCUGGCAGCUGCAAGGCAACAGUCUCAACCCCAAAUGGCAGAAGACUGACCUCCGCUACACUCGCAUCACGGACCCCAAGAGAGGAGAGGUACACCCACAGAAUUAAAUGAACACUAUUAAAUUGUAUUUAUGAAUACAUCUACCCCUGUGUUCAACUUCCUCACUGUCAAGCCAGAGUAUCUAUAGGACAGUAUGUCCAGGUUUCAUGAUAGUUAGUACAGUAUGUCCAGGUUUAAUGGUAGUUAGUACAGUAUGUCCAGGUUUCAUGAUAGUAUGUCCAGAUUUCAUGAUAGAGUUAGUACAGUAUGUCCAGCCUACAGAGUUAAUGUAUUUGUUUUUCAGGCCAGCAAUAAAUCACUUAAUUAGGCCAAUUGUUCAGCGUUUUAUUGGUCACGAUUUCCAGCCCCUCUAAGUGAGUUCGGGAAAUGCAUCUGCGUUAGCCUCAGAGAUGACCUCGUUUACAUGGUCUCCCUGUUUUUCUCGUAAAGACAGACUUUUAGGCCAGUGUACUUGUAGCUCGUCCAAUACACUGGUUCCCUAAUAUUUAUGUACGUGUGUCUAUGUCUGUCUGUGUAUGUUUUGUGGAACUCCCCAGGUGUUGACAUUUAAGGAGAUCAACUGGCAGAGUCUGCGUAUAGAGGCUGAUGCCAUAGAGAGUGAGGACCAGGACCUGGGCAGUAUCCCAAUACGCCUCAUUACCAACCAGGGACGCAUCCGCAUCGCCCUGAAGCGCAGGGUAAGACUGGGCCAUGGGUGGGCCAGGGAGGGUGGGGUUUACUUGAUGUGACUUUUCCCCAACAGUUUAACCAUGUUACACUUUCUUUCUCACAUGCAACUGUUCUCAAGGUGCUUCAGAGUAAAUAAACACACAGUCAUUGUAUAAAUGUAAAAUGGCUUCUUCUGUAACAUGAUGACUAACCAGGUUUCUCCUCUGUCUUUAAUCAUAUCCCAGGUGAAGGACUGUAACGUGCUGGCCUCUAAACUGCUCUUCAUUCUGGAUGACCUGCUGUGGGUGCUGACGGACUCUCAGCUCAAAGCUGUCAUCCACUACGCCAAGUCCCUGAGCGAGGCCAUGGAGAAGUCUGCCCAGCAGAGGAAGAGUAUGGCUGCGGAGUCCCUACAGGUACCAUCCUCUCGCCUUCCUUUUAUAUGUGUUAACAACGGCACAGAGUCUGCAGCCUGCACUUAGUUUGUACUGCAGUUCUAUGUCAAAUCUUGCUAUAUUCAGUGGCGACCUGUCAUUUAGGGCAGGUGGGGCAGAGCCCAACCUGUUUUGAGCCCCACAUGUUUAGCUAAAACAAAUAAAACAUUUAUUUGUAUGCCUGUAGUUGCGCCGUGAUUGGCUCAGUGGUCUGUCACUCAUGGGGACACUAUGUCACUGCAGAAUCUACAGGGAGAGCUAGUCAGUUCAAGCCCCCUUGGGUGCUGCCAUAGAUUUACAUUCGAAAUAAAAUAAAAUGUUAUUGGUCGCAUACACAUGUUUAGCAGGCGUUAUUGCGGGUGUAGGAACACAAGCAUUUCGCUAUCUCCAACAGUGCAGUAGUAUCUAACAAUUCACAACAAUACACACAAUCUAAAAGUAAACAAAUGGAAUUAAGAAAUAUAUAGAUAUUAGGACGAGCAAUGUCGGAGUGGCAUUGACUGGAAUACAGUAACAGUGAGGGAAAAAAGUAUUUGAUCCCCUGCUGAUUUUGUACGUUUGCCCACUGACAAAGACAUGAUCAGUCUAUAAUUGUAAUGGUAAGUUUAUUUGAACAGUGAGAGACAGAAUAACAACCAAAAAAUCCAGAAAAACGCAUGUUAAAAAUGUUAUCAAUUGAUUAGCAUUUUAAUGAGGGAAAUAAGUAUUUGACCCCUCUGCAAAACAUGACUUAGUACUUCGUGGCAAAACCCUUGUUGGGAAUCACAGAGGUCAGAUGUUUCUUGUAGUUGGCCACCAGGUUUGCACACAUCUCAGGAGGGAUUUUGUUCCACUCCUCUUUGCAGAUCUUCUCCAAGUCAUUAAGGUUUCGAGGCUGACGUUUGGCAACUCGAACCUUCAGCUCCCUCCACAGAUUUUCUAUGGGGUUAAGGUCUGGAGACUUGCUAGGCCACUCCAGGACCUUAAUGUGCUUCUUCUUGAGCCACUCCUUUGUUGCCUUGGCCGUGUGUUUUGGGUCAUUGUCAUGCUGGAAUACCCAUCCACAACCCAUUUUCAAUGCCCUGGCUGAGGGAAGGAGGUUCUCACCCAAGAUUUGACGGUACAUGGCCCCGUCCAUCGUCCUUUUGAUGCGGUGAAGUUGUCCUGUCCCCUUAGCAGAAAAACACCCCCAAAGCAUAAUGUUUCCACCUCCAUGUUUGACGGUGGGGAUGGUGUUCUUGGGGUCAUAGGCAGCAUUCCUCCUCCUCCAAACACGGCGUGUUGAGUUGAUGCCAAAGAGCUUGAUUUUGGUCUCAUCUGACCACAACACUUUCACCCAGUUCUCCUCUGAAUCAUUCAGAUGUUCAUUGGCAAACUUCAGACGGCCCUGUAUAUGUGCUUUCUUGAGCAGGGGGACCUUGCGGGCGCUGCAAGAUUUCAGUCCUUCACGGCGUAGUGUGUUACCAAUUGUUUUCUUGGUGACUAUGGUCCCAGCUGCCUUGAGAUCAUUGACAAGAUCCUCCUGUGUAGUUCUGGGCUGAUUCCUCACCGUUCUCAUGAUCAUUGCAACUCCACGAGGUGAGAUCUUGCAUGGAGCCCCAGGCCCGAGGGAGAUUGACAGUUAUUUUGUGUUUCUUCCAUUUGCGAAUAAUCGCACCAACUGUUGUCACCUUCUCACCAAGCUGCUUGGCGAUGGUCUUGUAGCCCAUUCCAGCCUUGUGUAGGUCUACAAUCUUUUCCCUGACAUCCUUGGAGAGUUCUUUGGUCUUGGCCAUGGUGGAGAGUUUGGAAUCUGAUUGAUUGAUUGCUUCUGUGGACAGGUGUCUUUUAUACAGGUAACAAGCAGAGAUUAGGAGCACUCCCUUUAAGAGUGUGCUCCUAAUCUCAGCUCGUUACCUGUAUAAAAGACACCUGGGAGCCAGAAAUCUUUCUGAUUGAGAGGGGGUCAAAUACUUAUUUCCCUCAUUAAAAUGCAAAUCAAUUUAUAACAUUUUUGACAUGCGUUUUUCUGGAUUUUUGUGUUGUUAUUCUCUCUCACUGUUCUAAUAAACCUACCUUUAAAAUUAUAGACUGAUCAUUUCUUUGUCAGUGGGCAAACGUACAAAAUCAGCAGGGGAUCAAAUACUUUUUUCCCUCACUGUAUAUACAGAUGAAAUGAGUAAAACAGUAUGUAAACAUUUAUUAACGUGACCAGUGAUUCCAUGUCUAUGUACAUAGGGCAGCAGCCUCUAAGGUGCAGGGUUGAGUGACCUGGUGCUAGCCGGCUAGUGACAGUGACUAAGUUCAGGGCAAGGGACUGGGCGGAGGCCGGCUAGUGAUGGCUAUUUAACAGUCAGAUGGCCUUGCGAUAGACGCAGUUUUUCAGUCUCUCGGUCCCAGCUUUGAUGCACCUGUACUGACCUCGCCUUCUGGAUGACAGCAGGGUGAACAGGCCGUGGCUCGGGUGGUUGAUAUCCUUUUUGGCCUUCCUGUGACAUUGGGUGCUGUAGGUGUCCUAGAGGGCAGGCAGUGUGCCCCCCGUGAUGUGUUAAGCAGACCACACCACCCUCUGCAGUUGCCAUACCAGGCAGUGAUACAGCUCGACAGGAUGCUCUCAAUGGUGCAUCUGUAAAAGUUUGUGAGGGUUUUCGGGGCUGAGUAACUUUAAGCUUUUCAUCUUCUCCACUGCAGUCCCGUCGAUGUGGAUGGAGGCCUGCUCCCUCUGCUGUCUCCUGAAGUCCACGAUCAGCUCCUUUGUUUUGUUGACAUUGAGGGAGAGGUUAUUUUCCUGGCACCACUCCGCCAGGGCCCACACCACCUCCCUGUAGGCUGUCUCGUCAUUGUUGGUAAUCAGGCCUACUACUGUUGUCGUCUGCAAACUUGAUGAUUGAGUUGGAGGCAUGCGUGGCCACGCAGUCAUGCGUGAACAGGGAUUACAGGAUGGGGCUGAGCAUACACCCUUGUGGGGCCCCUAUGUUGAGGAUCAGCGUAGUGGAGGUGUUGUUUCCUGUCUUCACCACCUGGGGGCGGCCCGUCAGGACGUCCAGGACCCAGUUGCACAGGGCGGGGUUCAGACCAAGGGCCCAGAGCUUAAUGAUGAGCGUGGAGGGUACUAUGGUGUUGAAGGCUGAGCUGUAGUCAAUGAACAGCAUUCUUACAUAUGUAUUCCUCUUGUCCAGAUGGGAUAGGGCAGUGUGCCGUGCGAUGGCAAUUGCAUCGUCUCUGGUAUCCAAAUUGAAGUGGGUCUAGGGUGUCAGGUAAGGUGGAGGUGAUAUGAUCCUUAACUAGCCUCUCAAAUCACUUCAUGAUUACAGAAGUGAGUGCUACGGGGCGAUAGUCAUUUAGUUCAGUUACCUUUGCUUUCUUGGGUACAUAAACAAUGGUGGCUGUCUUGAAGCAAGUGGGGACAGCAGACUGUGAUAGGGAGAGAAUUAAUAUGUCUGUAAACACUCCAGCCAGCUGGUUUGCGCAUGCUCUGAGGACGCGGCUAGGGAUGCUGUCUGGGCCGGCAGCCUUGCGAGGGUUAACACACUUAAAUGUCUUACUUACGUCGGCCACAGAGAACGAGAGCCCACAGUCCUCGGGAGCGGGCCACGUCGGUGGCACUGUGUUAUCCUCAAAGCGGGCAAAGAAGAUGUUUAGCAUGUUCAGGAGCAAGACAUUGGUGUCCGCGACGUGGCUGGUUGUCCCUUUGUAAUCCGUGAUUGUCUGGAGUCCCUGCCACAUACGUCUCGUGUCUGAGCCGUUGAAUUGCGACAGACUUUGCUCUGUACUCUGUACUGACGUUUUGCCUGUUUGAUUGCCUUACGGAGGGCAUAACUGCACUGUUUGUAUUCAACCAUAUUCCCAGUAACCUUGCCGUGGUUAAAUGCGGUGGUUCGCGCUUUCAGUUUUGCGCAAAUGCUGCAAUCUAUCCACGGUUUUUGGUUUGGGUAGGUUUUAAUAAUCACAGUGGGAACAACAUCCCCUAUACACUUCCUGAUGAACUCGGUCACCGUGUCAGUGUAUACAUCAAUGUUAUUCUCAGAGGCAACCCGGAACAUAUCCCAGUCCACGUGAUCAAAACAAUCUUGAAGCAUGGGUACUUCCUGUUUGAGUUUCUGCCUAUAGGAAGGGAGGAGCAGAAUGGAGUCGUGAUCUGAUUUGCAUAAAGGGAGGGCGGGUGAGGGCCUUGUAUAGCCAUCCCGGAGAGUAACAAGGUUAGAGAGUUUUUGAAGCGUGAGUACUACAGGCAAUGUGUUGAUAGAACUUUGGUUUCUUUGUUAAAGUCCUCAGCUACAAUAAAUGCAGCCCCAGGAUAUGUGGUUUCCAGUUUGCACAAAGUCCAGUGUAGUUCCUUGAGGGACGUCGUAGUAUUGGCUUGAGGGGGAAUAUACACGGCUGUGACUAUAACCGAAGAGAAUUCUCUUGGGAGGUAAUACGGUCGGCAUUUGAUUGUGAGGGAUUCUAGGUUGGGUGUACAAAAGGACUUGAGUUCCUGUACACUAUCACAACCACACCAUGAGUAGUUAAUCAUGAAACAUACACCUCCACCUUUCUUCUUCUCUGAGAGUUCUUUAUUCCUAUCUGCACCAUGUACUGAGAACCCAGCUGGCUGUAUGGACGGGGACAGUAUAUCAUUGUAUGCUGUAGCGUUAAGAUUUCCCUUUACUGGAACUAAGGGGCCUAGCCUGAAUCGUGAAAAACAGCCCCAGACCAUUAUUCCUCCUCCACCAAACUUUACAGUUGGCACUAUGCAUUGGGGCAGGUAGCAUUCUCCUGGCCAAACCCAGAUUUUUCUGUUCAAGUGUGCACAGCACAACAACGUUGAGUCCAAAAAUAUGUAUUGUUUGCUGCUGCAUAAAUGAUGUUAUAUGACAGGGAGAUAUGUAUACUGUAGCUAAGAAAGUAAUACUAAGUGUAUGUUGUGUAGUAAGCUGUUAUUAGCCCAUGUGUCUCACCCCAAGAAAUGGGUCCCUCUUAAUUGGUGGUGCACAUGUAUCCUAUAGCCGGUUUUAGAGAAAUGUCAUCAUCGAAUAUUGUAAGAGCUUUCAUUGUCUGCUUAUAUCCUACGUUAUUUAUCCUACGUUUCUGACUUGGUGUACAGGGAGAAUACUGUAAGAACAGCCCAUGUUCUGAAUUCUGUCACUGUACAUUUCAAAAGUGCUGAACAAAUAGUUAUAUCGACUUCGUCCGUCUUAGCUAGCUCAUUAAUGUCUUAAUCGAAAUUGCGGCUUGCCUCUUAUCCACUCAUCAUGCCCUCAUUCCAUAGUUUGUACAUCUCAAUUGUUAUUUUGCUUAUACAGUGGGGGAAAAAAAGUAUGUAGUCAGCCACCAAUUGUGCAUGUUCUCCCACUUAAAAAGAUGAGAGAGGCCUGUAAUUUUCAUCAUAGAUACACGUCAACUAUGACAGACAAAAUGAGAAUUUUUUUUCCAGAAAAUCACAUUGUAGGAUUUUUAAUGAAUUUAUUUGCAAAUUAUGGUGGAAAAUAAGUAUUUGGUCAAUAACAAAAGUUUCUCAAUACUUUGUUAUAUACCCUUUGUUGGCAAUGACACAGGUCAAACGUUUUCUGUAAGUCUUCACAAGGUUUUCACACACUGUUGCUGGUAUUUUGGCCCAUUCCUCCAUGCAGAUCUCAUCUAGAGCAGUGAUGUUUUGUGGCUGUUGCUGGGCAACACGGACUUUCAACUCCCUCCAAAGAUUUUCUAUGGGGUUGAGAUCUGGAGACUGGCUAGGCCACUCCAGGACCUUGAAAUGCUUCUUACGAAGCCACUCCUUCGUUGCCCGGGCGGUGUGUUUGGGAUCAUUGUCAUGCUGAAAGACCCAGCCACGUUUCAUCUUCAAUGCCCUUGCUGAUGGAAGGAGGUUUUCACUCAAAAUCUCACGAUACAUGGCCCCAUUCAUUCUUUCCUUUACACGGAUCAGUCGUCCUGGUCCCUUUGCAGAAAAACAGCCCCAAAGCAUGAUGUUUCCACCCCCAUGCUUCAUAGUAGGUAUGGUGUUCUUUGGAUGCAACUCAGCAUUCUUUGUCCUCCAAACACGACGAGUUGAGUUUUUACCAAAAAGUUCUAUUUUGGUUUCAUCUGACCAUAUGACAUUCUCCCAAUCCUCUUCUGGAUCAUCCAAAUGCACUCUAGCAAACUUCAGACAGGCCUGGACAUGUACUGGCUUAAGCAGGGGGACACGUCUGGCACUGCAGGAUUUGAGUCCCUGGCGGCGUAGUGUGUUACUGAUGGUAGGCUUUGUUACUUUGGUCCCAGCUCUCUGCAGGUCAUUCACUAGGUCCCCCUGUGUGGUUCUGGGAUUUUUGCUCACCGCUCUUGUGAUCAUUUUGACCCCAAGGGGUGAGAUCUUGCGUGGAGCCCCAGAUCGAGGGAGAUUAUCAGUGGUCUUGUAUGUCUUCCAUUUCCUAAUAAUUGCUCCCACAGUUGAUUUCUUCAAACCAAGCUGCUUACCUAUUGCAGAUUCAGUCUUCCCAGCCUGGUGCAGGUCUACACUUUUGUUUCUGGUGUCCUUUGACAGCUCUUUGGUCUUGGCCAUAGUGGAGUUUGGAGUGUGACUGUUUGAGGUUGUGUACAGGUGUCUUUUAUACUGAUAACAAGUUCAAACAGGUGCCAUUAAUAUAGGUAACGAGUGGAGGACAGAGGAGCCUCUUAAAGAAGAAGUUACAGGUCUGUAAGAGCCAGAAAUCUUGCUUGUUUGUAGGUGACCAAAUACUUAUUUUCCACCAUAAUUUGCAAAUAAAUUCAUUAAAAAUCCUACAAUGUGAUUUUCUGGAAUUUUUUUCCUCAAUUUGUCUGUCAUAGUUGACGUGUACCUAUGAUGAAAAUUACAGGCCUCUCUCAUCUUUUUAAGUGGGAGAACUUGCACAAUUGGUGGCUGACUAAAUACUUUUUUUCCCCACUGUAUACAGUGCAUGUAGGCCAUAACAGUUUGUGGGCACAGUUUGUCACUGUUAUAGUGCAAUUAAUGUAUUGUUUAGUGUUGUGUAGUGGCUUUGAUGGCAUGCAUCUAAAGAAAUUGGUUGAGUUUGCCCCACCAAUAUUUACAUGCCACUGGCUAUAUUACUGAACUACUGUCUGUGUAUAUACUCACUCACUUAAACAUAAUUUUGUCUAGAUCAGGGGUACUCAACUACUAUUUGAGAAGAUACGGUCACACAAAUUUCCUAGGUGGCAAAGGUCUGGAUAGAUAUUGUCAUUUAUUGGCGUCGUAACAAACCCCCACUUGCAAUGUAUGUAACCCGAAACUGUUCACACCCUUCUUGUUUCUGUAAAUAACAUUUGUUAUGAUACCUGAGUGACUCAACAAAAUCAAUGGGGGCCCUCUUGGGGUCGAGGGCCUUGGGCACGUAAUCUGGCCAUGGUAACUACAAGAUAUAAAUAGGUGGUUAUCCUAACUUACCUACCUAGCUAACAUGGGCUAGUUGAUCAACUGGACAUUUCUGACAGGUUAUAAAUAGCUCUCUAAGAUCUGUCAUUGAAUGACAAACUGACCAUUUACUACCACAUUUCAAACUCUUACUACUCUCAACAGCAGUAGCCUAAGGUAAAAGACAGACUAAUUUCCAAAAUUAGUCGGGACCCAUGGUCUGUAUUGACCCCGUUCUGGGUCUGCCUGUUGAGUAUGGCUGGUCUAGAUAUUAUAAUAGUCUUUGUAAUAGAGAUAUUGAUUGUAUGAUUCUGUGUUACAGACUGCACCCCCGUCCCCUGGUAUCCACAAUCUAUGGACAGACCCUUCACCCCCUCCCAUCGGUGGUGCACCCAGUACCCUGGACCAGUACUUUGAUCAACACGACGUCAAAGAGUCCUCCUACCACACCUUCAUCUCUCGUCUAGACCUGCACAUAUGCAACGACAGCUCCUCAGCAGACCCCGGUUAGUCCCACAGACUAUCCCACAGACUAUCCCACAGACACCCCAAAAAUGUCAGUGCACAGAAUUGGCCUAUAACAAUGGUCAAAUAGGGGGUGCUUAUAUUUUCCCUGUUUCACACAUGUACAAGUGUGUAACCUGUGUGUGAGUGUGGUGUGAAAUGGACAUUUGUUUUUGCAUAUCCUACUCCCCUUGAGACACCCUCGGAGAGUAUGACCUUUUCUGCCUGAGGAGAUCCGAUCUAUACUUUCUGGUUGUCCUAAUACUCUUUAAUUUAAACAAUUAGGCUCUUGACGGGUGACUUAGUUAUCAGAGGUGAACAACGCUUUUGACCUCUGACCUCUCAUGUCACACAGAUGAGCCUCCACCUCCAGGCUCCCAGGGUGCAAUGCAGCUGACCUUCCGCAAGCUGGGUUUUGACUACUACCCCAUCCACCGGCCUGGUGAGUGUACUUCAGUGUUUCCGCUGCAGUCAUUUAUAUGUGGCGCUGCGCCACGGCAAAAAAAUAUGGAACAUGAAAAACAAUUUCUGCCGAGGCGCACUUUGAAGACGAUAGAACAGUACACAUUUACUUCUCCUCUGCAAACAAAACGAGUAAUGAAUAGAAGAACCAGACAACUCCAUAGUGGAAUAGUUCAUCUAUUUACCAUGUCGGCUUGUUGUUGAGUGUUCUAUGCGAGAGAGAAAUGCCUCUUGAGCAUUCAAGUUACGAGUGCCAUAGGGAGGGAAACAUGCAUUCUGACAAGCAGUCAAUGCACAAAAAUUAUUGCAAUCGCGGGGAAAACUAUAUUUUUAAUGGCCUUCGUUAAAAAGAGGGGGAUCCCAGCUUUCCAUUCCUACUUGAUUUAUUUCUCAACUCCUAAAUAUGUGCGAACUGCACGAUUUUUAAACCCUGAGUUUUUAGCAGCGGCAUAGUUAAGCACUUUACACUCUAAAUUAACUGUGUAACUAAAUGUAACACCGGUCAAUUGUAGGGUAACUUGGGGUAAAAUGCCACCCUACCUCUAAAUAUUUUUUGGGGGAGUGACUUAAACAAAUUGUGAUGAGCAAGACUAGUGGCAAGCAGGGAAAGUUUGGGGGGAACAAAUGGUGACAUGAAGUGGUUUCUGUGAGAAGUACCGGGUGGCGGUUCACCCCAAGUUACCCUGACAGGUAGGCCUAAAUUAUAUUCACUGUGUUUAUGCAAGUUUUUUUGGGACAUAAAAUUCAUCAAUAGGAUGCUAACUACACUGAACUAAAAUAUAAACGCAACAUGUAAAGUGCUGAUCCCAUGUUUCAUGAGCUGAAUUAGAAGAUCUCAGAAAUGUUCCAUACGCCCAAAAAGCGUAUUUCUCUGAAAUGAUGUGCACAAAUUUGUUUACAUCCCUGUUAGUGGGCAUUUUAUCCUUUAAGAUAAUCCAUCCACCUGACAGGUGUGGCAUAUCAAGAAACUGAUUAAACAUUAUAAUUACCCAGGUGCACCUUGUGCUGGGGACAAUAAAAGGCCACUCUAAAAUGUGCAGUUUUGUCACACAACACAACAAGCAUUCGGAAAGUGCAUUCGGAAAGUAUUCAGACCCCUUGAGUUUUUCCACAUUUUGUUACGUUACAGCCCUAUUCUAAAAUUGAUUAAAUAAUUUUUUUUCAUCAUCAAUCUACACACAAUACCCCAUAAUUACAAAGCAAAAACCGUUUUUUUAUUGUAUUUUUGUAAAUGUAAAAAAAGUAUAUAUAUGAAAUACCCAUUUUACAUAAGUAUUCAGACCCUUUACUAUGAGACUCAAAACUGACCUCCGGUGCAUCCUGUUUCCAUUGAGAAAAAAACAACGAUUUAAUCAAUUUUAGAAUAAGGCUGUAACGUAACAAAAUGUGGAAAAAGUCUAGGGGUCUGAAUACUUUCUGAAUGCAUUGUAUGUUAAAAUAAUUUUAAGAGAAUUUUACAAAUAUGUUAUUGGGCUCAUUUCUGGAGGUGGAAAUUACAUUUUAAGUGGUGUCAGCAUAAUUCUACUUUCAUUCAAUUUGGAGUAGUAAGUCACCAGAACUGAGCUUCUCAGUCCUUCUACUUCUAAAAAUUACCACACCUCCCCACCCCCCUGCGACCUUUUCCUCCCACUGCUACAACAUUUUCCAGAGGAAACACUGGUGUACUUCCCCCUUUCUGCCAAGAGAAACGUGCUCCUAUUUGUUAUAAUUAGAGCUCACGUUUAUGCACUGCUGUCCACAACGUCUUUUGUUAGUGCUCCCACUGCAACCUCAACCUCCAUUCAGACUUCUAGUAAGCCUCAUCGCCAUUCAUUCAUGCAAACUAAUAGCCUGCUUGCAUGCCCAUUGCUAUUAUUCUCAGUGGAAUUCCUCAACUAUAGAAUGUGUAAAACACCACAAUCCCUUCCAGAACUCUGCACUUCACUUCAUCGGAACUACUGGUCUGUUACACAAUUAUAGAAAACCCAUUUUAAGGGAGAGUGGAUUGGUUUGCUUGCACAAUCAUUCAAAAUCCCAGAUCAAAUAGUAAAACAUAAUCUUUGGAGAAAAAUACUUGAAGUUGAUGUGUAUAACUGGUAGAUUUUAUAUUUUGAUUAGGAUGAGAGAUAGAAUCCUUUCAAUAAUAACCCUGGUGAUGCACUGAACCCUAUUGUAUAACUCUAAUGAAUGACCUUUGUAUGAUAUAACCUUUGGUCUGCAGCUGAUGGCUGUCAGCACUGGGAACGUCACUGUGGAGCGAUGGAGGCCCGGGCCCAGUGGGCUGGCAGACUGCUGCAGGAGUUCCAGAGGAGGUUGGAGGUGUCCGGUAUCCCUGGUCCACACUCAGAGAUCCCCAAGGAGGCAAAUGACUCCCCUGCCAAGAGGGCUCAGGGUGAGACUCCUAAAACAGAUACACUGCCAGGUUCUCUUACUGUAGUAUGGAUCUGAUCCACCAACAGACAAACAUGUACAUAGUGAUGAGAAUAGCUACCUUGUGUAAGUUAAGUUAUUAAUACGGAAAGAGAAAAGGUGUUGAUAGAUACUGAACAGGAAUGUUUGAUGUGGUCUCAUUGUCGGGCCCCAAUUGGCUCUCUCUUGACACAGAUGGACAGCCCAGCUCCCCUGACAGGGAUCAGAGCUCCAGGAGGAACUCAACAGCACCUCUCCCCCCGGGGAACCCUCUGAAGAGGCUCCGCUCUAGCUGUGUGGUGGUACGAAUGGACGACCUGGAUAUCCAUCAGGUGAGACUGCGCUUGCUUUCUGUUUUUAGCCACCUAGCUAGCAAGCUGCUGUCAGAGUAGCCUAUUGGCAGGCACAAAACGAGGUAAUGUAAAACAAACCUAAACUUUCAUUACAUGUACAGUUGAAGUCGGAAGUUUACAUACACUUAGGUUGGAGUCAUUAAAAUUCGUUUUUCAACCACUCCACUAAUUUCUUGUUAACAAACAAUAGUUUUGGCAAGUCAGUUAGGACAUCUACUUUGUGCAUGACACAAGUCAUUUUUCCAACAAUUGUUUACAGACAGAUUAUUUCACAUAUAAUUCACUGUAUAACAAUUCCAGUGGGUCAGAAGUUUACAUACACUAAGUUGACUGUGCCUUUAAACAGCUUGGAAAAUUCCAGAAAAUGAUGUCAUGGCUUUAGAAGCUUCUGAUAGGCUAAUUGACAUCAUUUGAGUCAAUUGGAGGUGUAACUGUGGAUGUAUUUCAAGGCCUAUCUUCAAACUCAGUGCCUCUUUGCUUGACAUCAUGGGAAAAUCAAAAGAAAUCAGCCAAGACCUCAGAAAAAAAAAUGGUAGACCUCCACAAGUCUGGUUCAUCCUUGGGAGCAAUUUCCAAACCCUUGAAGGUACCACGUUCAUCUGUACAAACAAUAGUACGCAAGUACAGUGAGGAAAAAAAGUAUUUAGUCAGCCACCAAUUGUGCAAGUUCUCCCACUUAAAAAGAUGAGAGAGGCCUGUAAUUUUCAUCAUAGGUACACGUCAACUAUGACAGACAAAAUGAGGAAAAAAAAUCCAGAAAAUCACAUUGUAGGAUUUUUAAUGAAUUUAUUUGCAAAUUAUGGUGGAAAAUAAGUAUUUGGUCAAUAACAAAAGUUUCUCAAUACUUUGUUUUAUACCCUUUGUUGGCAAUGACACAGGUCAAACGUUUUCUGUAAGUCUUCACAAGGUUUUCACACACUGUUGCUGGUAUUUUGGCCCAUUCCUCCAUGCAGAUCUCCUCUAGAGCAGUGAUGUUUUGGGGCUGUCGCUGGGCAACACGGACUUUCAACUCCCUCCAAAGAUUUUCUAUGGGGUUGAGAUCUGGAGACUGGCUAGGCCACUCCAGGACCUUGAAAUGCUUCUUACGAAGCCACUCCUUCGUUGCCCGGGCGGUGUGUUUGGGAUCAUUGUCAUGCUGAAAGACCCAGCCACGUUUCAUCUUCAAUGCCGUUGCUGAUGGAAGGAGGUUUUCAGUCAAAAUCUCACGAUACAUGGCCCCAUUCAUUCUUUCCUUUACACGGAUCAGUCGUCCUGGUCCCUUUGCAGAAAAACAGCCCCAAAGCAUGAUGUUUCCACCCCCAUGCUUCACAGUAGGUAUGGUGUUCUUUGGAUGCAACUCAGCAUUCUUUGUCCUCCAAACACGACGAGUUGAGUUUUUACCAAAAAGUUCUAUUUUGGUUUCAUCUGACCAUAUGACAUUCUCCCAAUCCUCUUCUGGAUCAUCCAAAUGCACUCUAGCAAACUUCAGACGGGCCUGGACAUGUACUGGCUUAAGCAGGGGGACACGUCUGGCACUGCAGGAUUUGAGUCCAUGGCGGCGUAGUGUGUUACUGAUGGUAGGCUUUGUUACUUUGGUCCCAGCUCUCUGCAGGUCAUUCACUAGGUCCCCCCGUGUGGUUCUGGGAUUUUUGCUCACCGUUCUUGUGAUCAUUUUGACCCCACGGGGUGAGAUCUUGCGUGGAGCCCCAGAUCGAGGGAGAUUAUCAGUGGUCUUUUAGGUCUUCCAUUUCCUAAUAAUUGCUCCCACAGUUGAUUUCUUCAAACCAAGCUGCUUACCUAUUGCAGAUUCAGUCUUCCCAGCCUGGUGCAGGUCUACAAUUUUGUUUCUGGUGUCCUUUGACAGCUCUUUGGUCUUGGCCAUAGUGGAGUUUGGAGUGUGACUGUUUGAGGUUGUGUACAGGUGUCUUUUAUACUGAUAACAAGUUCAAACAGGUGCCAUUAAUACAGGUAAUGAGUGGAGGACAGAGGAGCCUCUUAAAGAAGAAGUUACAGGUCUGUGAGAGCCAGAAAUCUUGCUUGUUUGUAGGUGACCAAAUACUUAUUUUCCACCAUAAUUUGCAAAUAAAUUCAUAAAAAAUCUUACAAUGUGAUUUUCUGGAUUUUCUUUUCUCAAUUUGUCUGUCAUAGUUGACGUGUACCUAUGAUGAAAAUUACAGGCCUCUCUCAUCUUUUUAAGUGGGAGAACUUGCACAAUUGGUGGCUGACUAAAUACUUUUUUCCCCCACUGUAUAAACACCAUGGGACCACGCAGCCGUCAUACCGCUCAGGAAGAAGACGCGUUCUGUCUCCUAGAGAUGAACGUACUUUGGUGCGAAAAGUGCAAAUCAAUCCCAGAACAACAGCAAAGGACCUUGUGAAGAUGCUGGAGGAAACAGGUACAAAAGUAUCUAUAUCCACAGUAAAACAAGUCCUAUUUCGACAUAACCUGAAAGGCCGCUCAGCAAGGAAGAAGCCACCGCUCCAAAACCACCAUAAAAAAGCCAGACUACGGUUUGCAACUGCACAUGGGGACACCAUCCCAACUGUGAAGCACGGGGGUGGCAGCAUCAUGCUAUGGGGGUGCUUUGCUGCAGGAGGGACUGGUGCAAUUCACAAAAUAGAUGGCAUCAUGAGGAAGGAAAAUUCUGUGGAUAUAUUGAAGCAACAUCUCAAGACAUUAGUCAGGAAGUUAAAGCUUGGUCGCAAAUGGGUCUUCCAAAUGGACAAUGACCCCAAGCAUACUUCCAAAGUUGUGGCAAAAUGGCUUAAGGACAACAAAGUCAAGGUAUUGGACUGGCCAUCACAAAGCCCUGACCUCAAUCCUAUAGAAAAUUUGUGGGCAGAACUGAAAAAGCAUGUGCGUGCAAGGAGGCCUACAAACCUGACUCAGUUACACCAGCUCUGUCAGGAGGAAUGGAAUAUUCACCCAACUUAUUGUGGGAAGCUUGUGGAAGGCUACCCGAAAUGUUUGACCCAAGUUAAACAAUUUAAAGGCAAUGCUACCAAAUACUAAUUGAGUGUAUGUAAACUUCUGACACACUGGGAAUGAGAUUUAAAUAAAUAAAAUCCUGAAAUAAAUAAUUUUCUCUACUAUUAUUCUGACAUUUCACAUUGUUAAAAUAAAGUGGUGAUCCUAACUGACCUAAGACAGGGACUUUUUACUAGGAUUAAAUGUCAGGAAUUGUGAAAAACUGAGUUUAAAUGUAUUUGGCUAAGGUGUAUGUAAACUUCCUACUUCAACUGUAGCUAUUAUUUAUAAAUAUGCAGUUGGUUUUCUUUUAAAUUAGUUUACAGGGGUGAUGUUUUCAACAUGAUUCUUAUUUGCCUUUACCACAAAUGGGAAGACAACUAAAAUAAAAUCUCUGCUAUCGCCCCCUUGUGAAUGUUGCUAUUUGAGAGUUUAGAAAUGUAUGGACAGGCAAAGUAUCAUGUUACUAAAAGGUGUGCGUUGCUCCAAAAAAUUUGAUUCCUACCUAGUGCAUGAACUGUGUGGACCGCUUAAGAGAGGAAAUCAUUUUCACCUCGUCAUGCUCGACUGCUCUAAAGCAUGUCAGCUGUGAUGUAGAAAACCCCUGCCACCAAAAAAUAAAGCUCAGCAGUUUCUUAUUUUACAACCAUAGAAGAAAACUGAUUUAAAAUGCAGCAUGACAUGAUUAUGGAUAUUUUUGGGUUGAGUUGGUAGUAUUUUUUUUGCAUGCGAUGGUGUAUAGCAGGGGUCCCCAAUUACGUUCAGCCAUGUGCCGAUCUUUCCUUGAGCGGAUGGUCGGGGGGCCGGAACAUAGUUAUAGAUCAUUUGUACACUGCAAAUUGACCGUAAGAAUGCCAAACAGAUAUAGUAUUUGACAAAACAGAAUAAUUUCAAACCUUGAUUACAUUGGGAUAUGAUCGCAUAUGCUUCUAUUUAUGUUCGAAUACUUGGGAACAUAUUUCCUAAAUUAAAAUCACUUUGAGCUGAUUUCCUGUCGAUUUUACAGUCUUUUAUGUCCAACUAUGAAAAUUAUAGAACUGAAAAAUAUGUUUGUUUUUUUUUUGGGGGGGGGGGGGGGGGGGGGUUGAAAACUUGGGGGUCCCAAAUUAAAUCACCCCCGGGCCGGAUUUGGGCCGCCAAUUAGGGAACCCUGUUGUAUAGUUAGUACUGCAUUGAGUAAUUAAGUUCCUCUUGAGUUCCGUUCACUCUGACAGUCAGAACUCAUUACUUCACUCCUGCCGAUUGUUACGUUUUCGGUGAGAGAAAAGCACUUUAGAAAUCAAUUUCAUAUGAAUCAUUAUUACCACCCCAUCCCCUCACACAGGUGUCUACAGGGGGACGCCACGGCAAGAAGACCCAGUCCUUACUAUCCUGUAACCGCAAGGCCCUGAACCUAGCAGACAGUAUACCAGCCAUCCACCUGCAAUUCACAGAGUAUUACUUCCCUGACAACCCCGGUUUGCCUGGUAUGAGUUAACCACAUCAUGUAUAUACUGUUGUGUGAUUAUAGUAAACUGGUAUUAUCUUAGUAAAUUAUGAAACAGUAUUUUCUUGCGGAUCCUCCGAUUCAAUAUUCAGUUUUUUUGUGGAACGAAACAAACCAUUAGAAUAUUAUCUUACAACAACUGAACAUAUGUUCAUCUCUCCAUCCCCCUCCCCCUCUCCUUCCCCAGUACCCAACACUAACCUGUAUGCCCAGCUGAACGGCCUACAUCUGUGCCUGGACCCAGCCAGUCUUCUGUGGGUCAACCUGUUCUCGCGGGGCCUGCUGCAUACCCUGGAGCAGGUCAAAGCCUUCUACCAACUCCAGGACGGCAGCAAGGCAGAGGAGCAUGUGGACAUCCGCAUGGACGCAGCACAGAUCAAGGUGAGACUGAAUGAAUGAAACCAGGUCAGGAGGAAGAGAGCUGCAUCGUUGCAGUCUGUGUCCCUUUUGGCAGCAGGAUAUUACAGCUCAUUACACACCUUUUAAGUAAUUGGAAAUGUUGCAAACAGUUAGUGUUGCUCAUGAAAAUUGGAUGUAAACCUGGAAAACCUGCCAGAUUUUCUCUCUAGGGGCACAUCAUGUAAACGUUGGUGUUUAUGUUAUUUUUAGGUUAAUGUAUUGGGUCAGUAGAUGACUGUGUUCCUGUGCCUCCCCCCUGUCUGUCUGCAGCUGAUCAUUCCCCUGGAGUCAUCCAUCAUGGACCACCAGGACCGGCCCCAGUCCCUGAACAUCACUGUUUCCCAAACGGUCCUCAGCAACACCCGCCACUCCCCCCACGGCACCCGGGCCGACCUCAACACCACCUACAUCAGCUUCUCCACCUGCCACUUCUUCCAGUCCGCUCCCCCUUGCUCCUUCCCCCGAGACCAGAGCGCCUUUCUCCCUCUCCCCUCUGCCUUCCUCCAGCACUCCCUGGAGAUGGAGCCCCUGCCCUUGUCUGAGACGAGGCCCCUCCGGGCCAAGGACGUCUGGUCCCUAAGUCUCUCCCGUCUGUCCGGGAGCUUCGAGGGGGCGCGGAAAAGCAACAAGGGCAGAGCUCAUCCCUUCGUGGAGCCUUUCGCCAUGUCUGUGUGGAUAUGUCGUCCAUGUGCGUUUAAGGGUGGUUCCCUGGUCUCCUCUCCCAGUGAACCAGCUCCUGUAGAUCCCAACCAUGCAUCCUCAGAGCAGGAGAACCAGCUCCCGUCCAACCCUGACCACCACAACCUGGACAGUAAAAAGGAGGCUCCAGUGGCCUCUAUUCACUUCCUGGCCCAGGCCAUCACACCGGUCAAAGUGUGGCUCAACCACUACCAGUAUGUGGCCCUGCUGCGGAUGAAGGACACCCUGGCCAGGCUUGGGGGCGAGCUAGGACGGGACACCAGGGACGCUAAGCAUGCCAGGGGCCAGGAGUCUGACCCCCCUACGGUGUGCCUAGCCAUCCUAAUGGACUCAGUGGAGCUGGGGCUCCUGCUACCACCGGCAGCCACGGAGCCAGAGGAGGAGGAGGCCCACACCCCAGGGUCUGAAAGCGCCAGCCUGACAGACUCCGACCUCUCCCCCACUCACCAGGCUACAUCGCCAGGCCCUCUGGAGGAUAGUGGGAUAGGAAACGCCACUGCCACCGUCAACAGCUCUCCUCCCCUUGAGCAGGAGGUGGAUGGUGUGGUAGAGGAGGCCAGCGAGGCAGUAGAGGGCAUGGAGGGGGAGAUGGCCCAGGAGGGUGGCAAUGGUCCUGUCCCCUCUCCUCCCUUCUCCCCUGAACACCAUCUCUCCCUCCUGUCCAGGGAUCCUUCUACCUUCAGCCUGGAGGAAGAGCUGUCCAACGCCCUCACCGCCACCAAAGACGUCACCAAAGAUGCCUUUAGUGCCUCCCUGGACCUGACUAAAGGGGCGUUCUCCAUCACAAAAGAUGCCUUCAGCUUCAUGAGUCGCGGGUCGGGGAUGAGCAAGCUGUUCACUACACAGGCCAAGUAGGUUUCCCAGCAUGCUCUCCUGCUUUGCUGUUGUCGUUACACCAUAUGGUUAAGGUCCAUCAAGUCCAUAGUGUCAACUGUAUAGAUGUGAGGUUUUACUGGUGUGAAUGAACAUAAAGGCUGUUUCCCCUAAUCCACCCACUGUUCUGUUUGUGUAGGGAGCAGCGCCCUGAGGCCAGUCUGCGGCUCCAGUCCAUGAAGCUGUCUCUCUCGCAGCACUCAUUUGACAGCGCCAUCCUAGACGGAAGCCUGCCCGACGACCACCUCUCAGUGGACAGCGACACCAGCGACAACAUUCUCAUGGAUGGUAACUCCUCAUCCAAACUCUACAACACAUGCAUAUUGUAUCAAGAGUUUAUUGAUUUAUUCAGAUCCCCAUUAGCUUUUGCAGAAGCAGCAGCUAUUCUUCCUGGGGUCCACACAAAAACAUAAAACACGACAAGUAACAGAACACUGAUAGACAAGAAGUCACACAAAGAGAAUACAGAACAUUUGAAAAUAAAGAUACAGUAUCUAUCUCGCUAGUAACAUGGUUUCAAAACAAUAGUCUGCUUAGUCUUGAAUCCUACUGUCAAAGCCUGGCCAUAAGUAAGAGUCUUUUUUGCCCCUGUGUGUUCUGUUGUGGUUUCAGAGUCAGGAGUAGAGUCCAUGAUGCGACCCAGCAGCACCCUGGAGCCCAUGGCCAGUGGAGGCAGCGCUGCCCCGGGGACAGAGGGGGGGUCAUCAGCCGACCUGAGCAGCUCCCUGUCCCAGAGCAUUGAGGACAUCACACAGGACACAGUAAGUCCCAUUUUACAUACACACACUCCAGUGUGACAUUACAGAGACAGACAGUAGAGGCAUUGUCAGAACUAGGGCUGUUACGGUGACCGUAUCACCACUACACUGGCGGUCACGGGUCAUGACCGCAGUCAAAUUCCAUGUGACCGUUUAGUCACGGUAACUAAGCUUCUCCAAAACUGCGCUCUGAUGCUGCUGAUGGUCAUUAGUAGCCUACCAAACUUGCUAACUGCCAGUCGCUAAUGGCCUGGUACUCAGCGAUCUAUUGUCCCUCUAGUCACUCUGACAUCAAGGCAAAUGCAAUCGAAAAUCAAAUCAAACACUUAAUGAGAGCCCAUGAGCUUAUGUUGUGCAACAUUUCUAUAGGCAUUUACAUUUACAUUUACAUUUACGUCAUUUAGCAGACGCUCUUAUCCAGAGCGACUUACAAAUUGGAGUAUGCUAUGAGUAGGCUAUGCAAUUGCAUGAGAAAACAGGGUUUUGAUGGCCACUAUUAAAAAGAGGAGGAUCCCAUCCGCUUUAUAUAGGCUAGGCCUACUAUAUUUAUUUCUCAACUUUCCUAAUAUUAAGCACAUUGCUUCGCUUUACAACAGGAGUAUAGUCUUCAUGGCUGGCAUUAAAAUGAACCGCGGGAAAAGCGUCCUCCAUUAACUAUUUAUGUGCAUAGAUUACAUUUUUUCCCCCUGCCCCUGUUCUGACAGGUGCAUGAUUAUGGUCCAUUCUAAAUCAAAACUAAUUUCACACAUAUAUUAUUUAGUAUAUGUAAAGACAAAAUUAAAUUAAGAGUAGUCUGAUGGGUGACAAUAUUAGCCUAUCACUUGUGAAUGAUGUAUUAUCACUUGUGAAUGAUGCCCAGCGUGUGCAGGAAGGCAAGAAACAGCACAUGGCUUUUUUUUGUGGCUUUUUCAAAUCAGUCGCACACGUCAUGUAGCCUAGCCCAUAGGCCUAUAUGUUUUGAUAAGGUUUGUAUCACAACUAAAGUGGCCAAAUAACUCCAAACGUAGCCUAUAGGCCUAGGACCCCUGGAACAUGGUUAGAGAGCACAGAGCCUAGUGAAGCCCAGUCAUUGCGCAAUCGCAGGUGAAAACAGAGUUUUGACUGGCCACUUUUUAAAAGAGGAUUCCAGCUUUCUUGUGCUGCUAUAAUUUAUUGCUCACUUCUUAAAAUUAAGCACAUUAAUCCACUUUACAACCUGGCAUACAUAGGCGGCGCGUGAGUUUCAAGUUUGGGGAAGAUAAUUUUCACCAUAAAAAUGCCCCUUUAUAAUAAAGCAUUCCAUGCAUCAUCGCAUUUGCAGACUUAUGUAAGAUAGCCUACUAUUCAUAAUGUGAUGAGUAGAUUGGAUAGUCAUAAUUUAGACUAGUAAUAUAGAGUGCCUUCAGAAAGUAUUCAGACCCCUUGACUUUUACCACAUUUUGUUACGUUACAGCCUUAUUCUAAAAUGGAUUUUAAAAAUUAAAAAGUCCUCAGCAAUCUACACACAAUACCCCAUAAUGACGAAGCAAAAACAGGUUUUUAGAAAUGUUUGCACAUUUAUUAAAAAUAAAUAACAGAGAACUUAUUUACGUAAGUAUUCAGACCCUUUGCUAUGAGACUCGAAAUUGAGCACAGGUGCAUCCUGUUUCCACUGAUCAUCCUUGAUGUUUCUACAACUUCAAUGAAGUCCACCUGUGGUAAAUUAAAUUGAUUGGACAUGAUUUGGAAAGGCACACACCUGUCUAUAUAAGGUCUGACAGUUGACAGUGCAUGUGGUCCUCUGUAGCUCAGCUGGUAGAGCACGGCGCUUGUAACGCCAAGGUAGUGGGUUCGAUCCCCGGGACCACCCAUACACAAAACAAAUGUAUGCAUGCGUGACUGUAAGUCGCUUUGGAUAAAAGCGUCUGCUAAAUGGCAUAUUAUUAUUUAUUAUUAUGUCAGAGCAAAAACAAAGCCAUGAGGUCGAAUGAAUUGUCCGUAGAGCUCCGAGACAAGAUUGUGUCAAGGCACAGAUCUGGGGAAAGGUACCAAAAAAUGUCUGCAGCAUUGAAGGGCCCCAAGAACACAGUGCCUCCAUCAUUCUUAAAUGGAAGAAGUUUGGAACCACCAAGACUCUUCCUAGACCUGGCCGCCCGGCCAAACUGAGCAAUCGGGGGAGGUGACCAAGAGUUCCUCUGUGGAGAUGGGAGAACCUUCCAGAAGGACAACCAUCUCUGCAGCACUCCACCAAUCAGGCCUUUAUGGUAGAGUGGCCAGACGGAAGCCACUCCUCAGUAAACGGCACAUGACAGCCCGCUUGGAGCUGGCCAAAAAGCACCUAAAGACUCUCAGACCAUGAGAAACAAGAUUCUCUGGUCUGAUGAAACCAAGAUUGAACUCUUUGGCCUGAAUGCCAAGCGUCUCUUCUGGAGGAAACCUGGUACCAUCCCUACGGUGAAGCAUGGUGGUGGCAGCAUCAUGCUGUGGGGAUGUUUUUCAGCGGCAGGGACUGGGAGACUAGUCAGGAUCGAGGCAAAGAUGAACGGAGCAAAGUACAGAGAGAUCCUUGAUGAAAACCUGCUCCAGAGCACUCAGGACCUCAGACUGGGGCGAAGGUUCACCUUCCAACAGGACGACGACCCUAAGCACACAGCCAAGAUAACGCAGGAGUGGCUUCGGGACAAGUCUCUGAAUAUCCUUGAGUGGCCCAGCCAGAGCCUGGACUUGAAUCCGACUUGAAUCCGAGACCUGAAAGUAGCUAUGCAGCAACGCUCCCCAUCCAACCUGACAGAGCUUGAGAGUAUCUGCAGAAAAGAAUGGGAGAAACUCCCAAAUACAGGUGUGCCAAGCUUGCUUUGUCAUUAUGGGGUAUUGUGUGUAGAUUGAUGAGGGGGAAAAACAAUUUAAUCAAUUUUAGAAUAAGGCUGUAACCUAGCAAAAUGUGGAAAAGGUCAAAGGGUCUGAAUACUUUCCGAAGGCACUGUAACUCAAUCACUGUUUGCAAAAAAAUACUGUUCAAUGCAUGGCUGAGCGCAUACAGCAUAGAGUAGGCCUAGGCUAUACCAGAUACGUUUCUUCUUUCUUUGCAUGGGAAAAAUGUGGCCUUUUAUAAACACAUUUCAUGCAAUUCUACUACAAUUUAUAUGACUGGAGACAUUAGCAGUCUUUUUUAAUACGAUAAAUUACAGGGUAGCCUACUCUGCUGACACUGACAAACAGAUCAAUAAAGAUGACGUUGUCCAUAUAAUAGGCCUACGAGAAGGGGAGACACAAAUAGAAUAUGACGUCCAUCUAAACUGGAGGAGGAAAUUAUUGUCAAAAAGCACACUUAAGUAGCACUGAAUCAACAGUGAUAAAUAGUGAAUAUGCGCAGUGCUCACUCACAGGGGAUAUUGCCAUGCUCUCCGCUGGUGCCAGUAAGAUAGGCUAUACUGUUGUUCGCUCAAUUAAGUUGAGAAUUGUAAUAACUAAAAGACAGAUUAGUCUUUACUUUGUCUUCUCUUUACAGCAAUAACAAUUUGCUUUCCAAACUAUGUUUUCCUGCAAUUGUAUUUUGAAAUAUUGCGAUAUGCUUGGCCUCUCAAUUUUUUACAGACAGUCACAACUCAACAAUAAUCUGCGCAAAUUGUGCGCGCUGCCUUUCCUUCCGACUGUAGGCAAUACGAUUUAAAACAUAUUUUUUAAAGAAGUUAAUGAUUCUCUGAGGCCAAAUCAUGCUUUAGUAGCCUAUUUAGAAAUAUUUAAUUUAUUUCUGUAUAGACAGGAGUAAGCUAAUUAGGCUAUAUCAUUUUGGCAAUUUAAUUCAAUUUACUUUAGGAAAAUCGUAUCUUCCCCUAGCCUUAUGGACGCGCUGCCUAUGCUUGCAUAUUAAAAACGUAACCACACGUAACCUCCAUUCGCUAUUCGAGUGCAGGCUACAUAUGACGGUUUUUUUGUGGGCCAUUCUAAAGAAAAAAUAAUUCUACCUAUAGGCUAUAUGUAAACACCAGAUUAAAUUAAGAAUAGUCUGAUGGGUGAGAAUAUUAUCAAGUGCUUGUCAAAUUGUGAAUGAGAGACUGAUGAAGUGUGUGCAGCCUGCACAUGAAACAAAUCAGAGCUCAUGCCUACCAUGCACCUUUUUUCAAAUCAUCAUUAGAGUUGCAUCAUGCAGCCUUAGAAUGUAUUGAAAAUCUAAACACACUGUAUAGCCUAACUAACAUUUGCAUCACAUCUAACGUUGCAUAAAUAACUCUAAAUGAAGUAUAUAGGAGGGCCUGUUUCUUUAUUAACUGCUCAACACAGAAUAGCCACAUGUGUGCACUCUCUGAAAUCGAUUGGAGAAAAUAUCCUUUGUAAUUUAUUCAGCUAUGUUCAAUUGAUUCUUCAUACUAUAAAAUAAUAUAAAAUAAUGGAAUUCUUAGCAAAUCUUGUCAGCUAAAUGAACUAGUGUAGCCCACAUCCACAUGGCAAAUACUAUUCUGUUCUUCUGAAAUAGGCUACAUUUUCUUCAUAUCAUGUUUCUUUAGACCUGUCUAAAAUAAAUAAUGGAUGUAUUGUGAUGGAUUUAUUAAAUGGAUUUAUUAUACUUUUUUUAAAUGUAGAUGUUCCAACGGUCUGCAUCAGUGGCUUAUGUUACGUGUUUAUGUUAAUUAACGGUCAAUUAACGUGAGACAAGCAGUUAUUUGCAUGACAAUCACUGGCUGACAAAAUGUAAGGACCGCCACAGCCCUAGUCAGCACUCUCACUGUAUAUGCAUGGGACGGAUGCUCGGCAAUCACACUGCAUCUGUAAAUUAGGCAAUGCAUCAUUUAUAUUGUGGGUAACUGCUUGUCCUGUACUGUGCUGUGCAGGCCUCUGUGUUGUUGCUGGUGCUCAGUGGGAUUGCCUGUGUGGCGGACCUGAAGGGAGAGGACCUGGUGGUGGCAGUGGAGGUCCAGGAUCUCACCUCCAGACAGAUGGGCAACAUCAGGGUCUCUGACCUGCUGGCCAGACAAAUGCCAGGUAACCUCAAGUUACGGAUAAAACUAUGGUUCUAUUUCAUUCUGGAUGACCACCAGAGGCAGUGCUUUCACUGGAUUUGGAUAAUAAACACUGCCUCUUGACAGUCACCCAGAAUUAAAUAUAACUUAUCUAGCUAAAGACUCUGCACCUUACUAUAGCAUCAGUCUAACUGAACAACUGUCACAACCCACUGUCACUCAACAUCUCCAAUAAUGGCUGUUCUUUUUGUUAAAGAACGCUCCCAACCUACUCUUACCUUCUCUCUUCCAUCGGUGAAUCUCUCAUACACGCAUAUAGUCACAUAAUUACUCAUGUAAUCAUUUCACUCUCUCAAUCCAAUGUUACUACUGAAGACUCAAUGCUACUUUUAGACAAUCUCCUGAACAGAACAUCCACUGUCGACCCCUCCGCCAUAAACCUGAUGCCCCAAAAGGUCAUCCAACAUCACCUGGACGAACCACUUACACUCGAGGAAACUGAAAACUCUAUCAGCAUGAUGAGCUCGGGGAAAGCACCAGGCAAAGACUGUAUCCCUGCCGAACUCUAUAAGAUAUCUGGCCCAAUGGCCUACAGAAGUACCCCAUUACAUCUUUACCAGCAUCUAGUCAACAAAAACUAGUCAACGUCCUCCAUCUACUCCAUGACGGAAUGCAAGGCCAGAUCCACUGUGGAGGUGAUAUCUCUGAAGCCUUUCCCAUCUCCAACAGCAUCAAGCAAGGAUGUGUCUUGGGCCCGGUGGUGUUCAACCUCUUUUUCACGCCACUAAGGACCUCAUCAAAGGCAUCUACAUCAGAUACAGGGAUGAUGGUUCAAUCUACAACCUGUGCAGGCUCAGAGCAAAGACCAAAACACAAGAACAUCUUGUCCGUGAGGCCCUCUUUGCUGAUGACUGUGCCCUAAUCGCGCACACAGAGGCAGACCUCCAGUCUUUGUCAGACAACUUUGUUGAAGCUUGCAAGAGUUUCGGUCUUACCAUCAGCUUGGAAAAAAACUGUAGUCCUCAGUCAACCAUCACCCCUGUCCAACCCAGUGGUCCCCAGCAUCCACCUAAGUGGACCUGAGCUCCAGAAUGUCGACCACUUCACAUAUCUGGGGAGCAACAUCUCCAAGGAUGGCUCACUCGACAAAGAAAUAACUAGCAGAAUCCAGAAAGCAAGCCAGUCAUUGGGAAGGCUGAGGAACAGGAUACUAAAUCAUCACACCAUCACUCUUUCCACAAAGAUAAAAAAAUCUACAAUGCGGUAGUCAUCACAACUCUGUUGUAUGGCUGUGAAACUUGGACCCUGUAAAGUCGCCACGUCAAACAGCUGGAGACAUUCCAUACACAAUCUAUAAAGGGUAUCCAGUGGCAAGACAAGGUAUCCUACCUGGAGAUACUGCAGAAAGCUAACAGCACCACCAUUAAAGCUAAGAUCAUUAAGGCAGAGCGCCGAUGAACCUUCCACACCAUCAGGAUGCCCCAACACCGUCUCCCAAGAAGGAUCUUCUUUGGCGAGCAGCAGCAGGGGCACCAGAAGACAGACCGACCCAAAAAGCGCAUCAAAGACAACCUUAAACACAACCUCAAGUUCUGCAAUAUCCAGCCCAGCCAACUCACAGACAUCACCUCUACCCAAUCCACCUGGCACUCCAAAUCCCUCACAGCAGUAGACAACUUAGAGAGGGACAGAAACAACCGUCUAACUGCAGCCAGAGCAAAGCGUCAUUCCCGCACAACCGGACCCACAACACCAACGGAAGCACAUGUCUGUCCUUCAUACUUCAGAGUCUGCGCUUCAAAACUCGGACUCCUGAGCCACUCAAGAACCCACAAUAAACCGAAGUGACAUGCAUGAGUCGUCAUCGUCGAAACCGACGGACUACCAGAGAUCCAUAUCCGUAGUACCCAUUCUCUGACUACAUAACUCACUUUUUCCUUGAUGUCCUAAUCUCCAGGUGGGUCCACCCUGGGCCAGAGACAGGGCUACAGGUCAGCUCCAGUGGUGGGAAUGCGUAUGGAGAUGGGUCCCUCUGCAGCACGGCAUGGUCCCCUCUCUGCGUUGGUAGGUCACCUGGAGCUGGGUGUGCAGGGCUGUCGGGCGGAGCUCCUGGCCUCUACCCUGGCUACCCUGGGGCCCUUCCUGGAGGAUGAGCUCAGUGCUGACGUCCAGCCCAUGAAGAUUCGCCUGGACAAUGUCGCCAUCACUCUGAAGGUCAGCUGGUGGCACAGGGAGACUAUGGAACUCUGUUGGGGUCAAAUAACGUCAUUUGACGUGUACCCUAUGGUUGUUAUACGUGGUAAGACCCCAACAGCGAUCUAUAGGAGACCGAAUGAAUAAAUGACAGUUAGCCUGCCAUCCAUGCCAUGGAGCUAACCAGUGUUUUCCCUUCCUGUUUAGGAUGAUGGUCCCAAGAUCUACCCCACGGCCCCCCAGCCCCAACCUGCCACCUUUACCGUGGACCAGGUGGUUCUGGAGCGUUCUGAUGAUGGCAUGUUGAGAAUCAAAGGUGAUUGGGGGAGAGGACACGGACAUGCCUUUGAGUAUCACUAUGAUUACAAUGAUUUUGUCUCUCACUGCUUGAAUGACAUGCAAUAACAGUUAUGAGUCAUCUGUAUUUCUAAAUAUGUAUUUUCUGUCUUGCAGGUGGUGCAGGCCCAGCCUCAAGAGACUCUGCAGGUGGUGCAGGCCCAGCCUCAAGAGACUCUGCAGGUGGUGCAGGCCCAGCCUCAAGAGACUCUGCAGGUGGUGCAGGCCCAGACUCUGCAGGUGCUGCUGUAGUAUGCUUGGAGAAACCAGACAGUUCUUGUUCUGUCCAACAACAGCAGAGCACGGUAUGAGCAUUCAAAAGCCUGAAUACUUACAUUCUCUACACCCACUGACUCUCUGGCUCCCUCACCCAUUACUUAUCAGAUUAUCACAGGGUUUAUAAACAGACAACACAAGCUGUUAACAAAAACAUGAUUGUGUUGGGGUAUCAGCAGUGUCAGAAAGGCUAGUUCUCACCACCAUGUAAAAUGAAAGCGUAGCAUAGAUGGUGUUUAUUUAUGAUAGCACAGUCCCUACAAUAGUUGCAUUGUACUUAGCUAUGUUUUUUUUACCUUAAAUGUGUGUGAAACAGUUGAUAUAGAAACACGUACUCAUAGGGCUUAGAUGGAAUGCUGUAAGUUAAAUUAUGUAUGAUUUAGAUGAAGAUAAGUCCACACUUCCAUCUACUUAUACAGAUCCUGUGUUCAUGUUGUAAUAGUAUAAUUAUCUGUUGCCAACGAGACAGUUGUAGUUCUCCUGUUCCGGUUCUCUUGUUAAGGCUAUGAGGGGCCAAAUCAGGGCAGCAGGUACUCCAAUUAUAGCUGAAGAGAUAUCUGGCUCUUUGCCCUAGUAGAGAAACGUUAUCUAGAAGUGAAAACUAAUAAAGCCAACAUCCUUUAUCCUUCAGAGUCCGUCCCUGGAGUCCCAGCUAUCGGAGGCUCAGUUGGCCCUCUCUCAAGCCCUCACUGACCGAGAACGUCUCCUCCUGGAGGUCAGGAAGUACGACCCCAUGUUUGACCUG